AUGACACUCUUGCCAGACUUCAAACCCUCAGAUGCCGCCUGCUGUGGCGGUGGGGCAAGCAGUGAUGCCAGCAGCACCUCCGGUGCCAGCACACACAAGGCGCACCUACAAGGCAAACACCACGACAGUGGCUGCCUGGGCAUCAAUUGUUACAACACAGCCGCCAGCUCAGACCUAUCCAUCGAUGAGACAUCGUCCACAUCGUCUCGGGGAUCGGAUGCCCUGGCAGAGAAGGUGAACAACAAUUUGAAUGUGUUCCAGAGGCCCAACUUUCAUGAGGGCAUGACGCAUGCCAAUUUCGAUCAUUGUGAGCCAGUAGAUAUUGAGUUUUCCGAUGUGCGAUAUCAAGUGAAAAAGUUUUCAUUUCCAGAAAGAAAAUUUGUCGCCAAGGAAAUUCUUCAUGGUCUGAAUGGCAGCUUUCGUUCGGGAGAAUUGACAGCCAUCAUGGGUCCCUCGGGGGCGGGCAAGAGCACUCUGUUGAAUGUCAUGUCUGGCUUCUGUGCCACUGGGGUGUCUGGCAAUAUACGAGUGAACGACAAGCCCAUGGCUCCCAGUUCCGAGAGAUUCCGUCAAUUGUUGUGCUACAUCCAUCAGGAUGAUCUGUUGCGUCCCCAGUUAAUGGUUGGCGAAAUAAUGCUCCUGGCUGCACAUCUUAAACUUGGUUUUAAGGUCAGCAAGGCCUACAAAUUGGAUUUGAUUAAACACAUCUUAUCGCUGUUGGGCCUGGAACAUCGUUAUAAUGUGCAUACGGCAAAGCUUUCGGGUGGACAGAAGAAACGUCUCGCCAUUGCCCUGGAGCUGAUAAGUAAUCCUCCAGUGCUCUAUCUGGAUGAGCCAACGACUGGUCUAGACAGCUCGUCGUGCAGUUCUUGCGUGGCGCUGCUGAAGAAACUCGCCUCCCAGGGCCACACCAUUGUUUGCACCAUUCAUCAGCCCAGUGCUUUGAUCUUUGAGAUGUUUGACAAACUCUAUACGGUGGUCGAUGGCCACUGCAUGUACCAGGGCCCAGUGCGAGAGCUGGUGCCGUUCCUUGCCGAACAGCAGCUCGUCUGUCCCAGCUAUCACAAUCCAGCUGAUUAUCUGCUGGAGGUGGCCGUCGGCGAGCAUCAACGUGAUCUGAAUGAAUUGAUUCAUGCGGCGAAUAAAAAGUAUUACGAGGAUGUUGAUCGAUAUCGUUAUAUGAGCAGUACGGAUGUCUCACGGCUCAUGGCAACAAUAAAAGACAACAUUGGAGCCAAAGAGUUGAGCACUUCGAGUCAAUUGCUGCCAACAGUUGCGCUGGCGCAAUUCUCCAGCUACGAUUAUGUGAAACCGGCACAGCAGGAACUGGCGCUGGAGGAGAUCAAGGCACUAAGUGGCUCCACGGAGCUGGAGUUGGUGGAUCAAGAGCAAUCGGAGAAUCAGCAACAGCAGCAGCUGCCACUCGCCAAUGUCAAAGCGACCGUCAAAGAGCUUGCCAAGCCGUCGAAUGCCACCAGCUCGGCCUCGUUCCUCAUGCAAUAUGUGCUCCUGAUGCAACGCAUCUUGAUCUGUGCCCGUCGCAACUACUUUCUGCUGCUGGCCCGAAUCUUUUCGCACAUUUUCAUUGGCGUUGUGUUUGGCUAUCUCUACCUGAAUGUGGGCAACAAUGCACAGAGCGUGCUGGGCAAUUACGUCUAUCUGUACGGCUCGACACUGCUCUUGGUCUACACGGGCAAAAUGGCUGUGGUCUUGACAUUUCCGCUGGAAAUUGACAUGCUGACAAGGGAGCACUUUAAUCGCUGGUACAAGCUUGGGCCGUACUUCCUAUCGCUGAUCUCCUUCGAGAUACCCUUUCAGAGCCUCUGCACCGCCCUGUACAUCAUCAUCAGUGUACAUUUGACGGGCAAUGACAGUGUCGAGUCUUUUCGCAUUUACUACUUUAUGCUGCUGGGAAUUAUGGCGUCGUUGAGUGCCCAGGCCUGGGGCUUCUUCGUGGGAGCCACACUGCCAACAAAGCUUGCCGUGUUUCUGGGACCCAUACUGGCGGUGAUGUUCUCCGUUUUUGGCUUUUGUACGCGAUACAUUGACAUUACACCGCUCUUCCGUUGGAUGUGGCAUUUGAGUUAUUUCCGGGCUGGAUUCCAUGGUGCACUGAAUGCCAUCUAUGGCAUGGAUCGCGCUUUCCUCGAGUGCCCAGAGAAUACGAUGUACUGUCAUUUCAGGAGUCCCAAAGUGUUUCUCAAGUACAUGAUGAUCUCGGAUGUGCACAUGUCCGACUGUCUGCUGCUGAUGGGCAUCGUCAUCGGUGUGAUGCAUGUCCUGACCAUCCUCACGCUCUGGCACAAGCUGAACAAACGAUAGGAGCUAGUCCUAUACACACUAGGUUUUACUUCGUCUACGUGUACGUUCUUAAGUCUACGUUUUAUUCCUUAUGUACAUAGUUGGGUGUGUCUAUCAACAACUCUCUGUUUCUAUCUUUAGUCGAGUCUUGAGUUUACGUAUUUCGUGUGCGAUUUCUUGGCUUGUUUUUUUAUACUGAUCGACCCAAUCGAUGAUGUUACAGCUAGCUUAAUUAUUUAUUUAAAUAUUCUUUGAAAUAUUGUAUGCAAGAAGGCUUUAGGGUAGCUUAUUCCAGUUAAGUGCUGAAUACCAAAAAAACAAAACAAAUCAAC